AUGCAAGUGCAUGAUAUUCCCCUCGUGCGUCUCCACGCUGCCGUAGAACCCGCGGAUGCCCCCAUUCGCUUCCAUUCCCCUGGCAGGUAUACCUAUCUCGUCCUUCGGUCGCGCAGUCGGUACCGCCGAAGUGCAUCGCUCGUGGGGGCUUUGGCUCCCAAUUUCCAUCACAGGGACAUACUGACGGUCAAAAUGCAACCCCCACUCGCCGCGAGACCUCUGCUAUGGUCGCAGCUCGAGUACGUGGCUUCGCACGAACUGUUUGAAGUCCGAGGGCAGCAAGACUGGCCGGUAUCCGCGGUACAGAUCGUUAUCCGAGCCAACUCCAAGAAAGCCAUCAGCAAGUGGAACACCAUGAACUCGCUGAUCUUUCCUGCUGCCUCUCGCGGUCCAUCUCAAUAUACACCACACCCCGGUUCCCAUACGCCAUACCAUUCUCUAUCCACCAGCGCAAUCAAAACGCAUCAGACUAGUCCCGAUGAUGUCGAUUUAGGGUUCGUAUUCGAACCCUAUGACUUACGAGCUUUGCUCGCUGGUACACGAGAUGUCUUGUUCCCGCGUGUGAGGGAAGUACUGGGAUCUGACCUGGCAUCUCGCCUUGUAUAUCUCCUGCGAGCCUUGCUCCGGAGUGACUUCAACCCUGUCGUCAACGGGAGGUUGCAUAUGGUACGGCGAUGCGCGGGUUGUGCUAUGGCCAUCGUUAGAACCGUCUUCCCCCUGAUACUUUGUACAGUACUUGCGGGCCGAUAUGUGAAAACCCAUGACAAGCUGCACCUUUCCGCGAGCAAGCACUCAUUGAUAACAAUUUAUCAAGCCAGGGCGCUUAUGAUAUGCUGGCUGUUUUGGGGGCAAGAUCCCCCGUCUUCGGGACUCGGAACCUCCAGGUUGCGGAUACGGAUUCCGGCUUACAGUCACGGACCGGCUGGAUAA